UUUGAAUUUUAGGUGGUAUACAUGUAUCAAGUCUUAUUUGCGCAUGCUUCAAGAUACAUGAUUAGUAUGGGCUUCUCUUAUGGUAAACAAGAAUACAUGUUUCUGGCAAAGACAGAUUUUUUUGGAAAUUACUAUAAAUAUGGAUAGCUGCCUGCUCUUUGUUUCCAGUGCAUUAGUAAAUCUUCAUGUUGGCGUCUGUAUCAAUCGAUGAAGUGUCUACAGGGUUGUCAUUAACAAGGCUAACAUGGGGUGAAGUAAUUGACAGUGUUGAUCAAAGUAACACACGACAGAUCUCAGUGACAUUUGGCUUUGCCUCCCCUUCAUCAUCUCACAUGCACUUUUUAAACAAGCUUCAAGGUGUCGUUUUGAAACAUUUGUGUGUCAAAAGCUCAGCAUCUCAUUUCUAAUGCACAUGAUGAUGUGGAUGUGUAGCGCCAGUUCGUAUCAGUAUAUCAGUGACACCUGGAGCUUAUACCUGUGAAUGUCACAGUGUCCAAAACACUCACCUGAUCCCAAUUCAGUCUAAUAUGCACCUAAACUAUUUAAAAGUAGUAAUGCAUGCGUCUAAGUUUGAAGGUUAUUUUUUGGAGACGAGUGAGGUGAUAGAUAUAGACAUACUGAUAAUACGACUAAUCUACUUUGUGAUUACAUUUGGAAUACACGAUGGAAGGUUCACGCAAGAGGUCUCGAUCGCUGGUGUGGAGUUACUUUGAUUUAGUAUCUCCAUCGAAGGUAAAAUGCAUGAUUUGCGAUAAGCAACUUGCAUUUAGCGGUAACACGUCUUCAAUGCUUCGUCACUUGAGGUCGAUGCAUCCUGGCGUUACAGAGGAGUAUGACAAUCCUGCUGUAUCUGCUCACACUGGAACUUCUAAGAAAGGCAGACAAGAGGAACUGGAUGAGGCUUUGGUUGACAUAGUGGUAAAAGAUUUGCAGCCCUUUUCUAUUGUCGAAGAUAAAGGCUUCCAGGCUUUUGUUAACUAACUGGAUCCCAGCUACA